AUGACUCUCCCUAGCUCCUCAAAAAACCAACCAAAACCCAAAUCCCUGAAAGCCAGCCAUUGCCCUCACAAGCCAUUGAAAGAUCCUCAUGUGAUGGUGAAUGGCCGACAUCGCCGGGUCCGCCUAUCAGAUAAAUGUGAUGAACGCAUCAAUCAGCUCACUAGUAGGCUUGGCCAUCGCACCAAGGGCCAGACUAUAGAGUGGCCUCUGUACCAGGUUCGACACUCCAUCAAUGCCAUCUUUGGCAUUGACACUGAUUUGAAAACUUCUCCGACUCCUAAUGAGGCCGAAGCCAUGCCCGUGCUUCCUGAGAUCACUGCAGUUUCAGGGUCUGGACCGGGACUGGCACCGACAUCGACAUCGACACCCCCAUGCUACAGUAAUGAACUGGUUACUUACAGCGAGUUAGACCUUGCAUUUGAAGAGAUCGAAAAAUAUUUUGGACCCUUUUAA